UCGUGUCAUGUUGAUUAAUUCACCUUCACAUUUCAUUACCGAGCUUAAAAUUCACCAUCAUAAAUAACUUAUCAACACAUUUAGCAAUUUAUCCACGUGGGAAAGCCUGUCGGCGUAUGCUUGGUGAUCAUUUGUUGGUGUGUGAAGCUAAGACCAACAAAAAGAAAAAAACAUAACCACUAAUAGACAGGAAAUUCAAUUCGAUAGGUUGUUACACAACAUGGCUGCCCACCCGUUGGCACAUUUGCGUAAUUAAGGGACCCAAAUAUCAAUCAAACUGAAAUGACCAAUCGUAGCACCGUAUCACCACCAACAAAUUCUACUUUAAUUUGAUCAGCAUACGCCAUUCGUUUAAAUCUUGUUAGCAAUGGAAGCCAAACGCGCUCUGUUAUUUUUCCUCUUUCAAGGGACUAUAUUCAGCACGAUUUUCGCUGCCGAUGAAGAUUCCACAUCUCAUUCAGGGUACUUCAUAACACGGGGAAAUAAGCGGCUUACAGGACACGUUGUAAAACAGUUUGAGUCUUCAAGUUUAAUGUCUUGCAGCCAGUCGUGUUUGAGAAACGCAUGGUGCAGUUCCACAAACUUCAAGGUGUCUUCCAAGAAGGAAGGCAAAGGAACGUGUGAACUCAACAAGCACGAUAACACGCUGUUCAACGAAAACACCGAGUUAAAUGUUCAGCAGGGGGUUACAUUCUCAGUGCUUCUGAAGGGCUGUUUAAUGACAGGCUGUGCAAAGGGUGGUUCUUGUGUGUCCAACGAGGAGCAACAAACCUAUUCGUGUGUGUGCAAAAAGCCAUGGACUGGAGAAAAGUGUGAAGUUGAAAUGGAAACGCCUAAAUGCGCUGGUAAUCCUUGUAAAAACUAUGGAAGCUGCAUCGAGGGAGAGAAUGGAUACAACUGCACUUGCGCGCCGGGAUUUAGCGGGACACACUGUAAAAUAGACAUUGAUGACUGUGCAAGUAAGCCGUGUAAGAACAACGCGACCUGCACUGACCGAGUGAAUGGAUACAACUGCAGCUGCGCGCCAGGUUUUAAUGGGACACAGUGUGAAUUAGAAGUUGGGAUGCCGUGUGUAAAAGCAUACCGACUGAUAUUUCCAAGGAAAACCGUUGAGAAUUACGCCAUCAAAGGAAAUGCAGUUGGAUCCAACCUCACCGCAUUCACAUUAUGCUUUUUCGUUAAGCCGAACUACACGGCCCCAUAUGGUGCGCAGUGCUUGUACAGCUAUGCAACCCCUGGAGUUGACAAUGCAAUAUACGUUUGCCUUACUGAUCCGAAAAUCGACCUCCAUGUUGGA